CGGCGCCCAUGAGAGAGGAAGGAGGAUGAAGAAACCGCUUGAUCAGAAUCAUGUCAAGAGGGCGUUUAUCAGAGUAUUAACAUUCGACGGGACUUUUAUCUCAGUUAAAGUUACUCGCUUCGCUAGUUCUUUGUGAAGAUGUCAGGGACAAACGCGUGGACUCGAAGCCGGGAACGGAUGAGGCGCUUUCCAGAGCUGCUGGCGGCCUGCGCCGGAGAGGCGGCAGAGUACGGGAAGUGCGUGUGCGCAACGGCGGCGGCGGGGAGCGGGAAGGAGCUGAGGAAGGACCUGUGCGCCAAAGAGUUUGAGGCGCUCAAGGCCUGUUUCCGCUCUGCGGCGAAGAAGACGGUGACGUAGUUCUCCAUUUCAGCCAAAGUCCAUUUGGGUGGAAGAGUUACUCUGAUUCUCCCCCCCCAACCCCACAUGACAGGACAGCCUGGACUUUUGACAGAAGGCACUUCCUUUGUUUCCAGAGCUGACAGGAAGCGCCGCGAGCGGAGAUCCGGGGCGCGUGAAGGAUCGGCACCAGCAUUGCUGCCCAAAGGUGGACGAAUUGAUUACGACUCAUGCAGACAUGAUCUUCAUGCACAAGUUUUACUCCUGUGUCCAGAUGUGUAAUAAAUCCUGCAUAGUUGUUACAUCUUUA